UCCGCCAUUUCAAAUAUUUGAACUUCCCCAGUGACAAGUUCUAGUGCAAGUCGGGGUGCCAUCAUUUAAUCCGUUAAUCUGGGGGAAGAUUUCCGCGGGUUGCUUGGUGCACAUGUGCGUUGGAGCAGUGGCCUCUUCGUGAGAGUAAAGGCGAAUGCUGAGGCCGAUCGGGACGAGUUUAUCAGCGGAAAGGUGCUGAAGUUUUUGUAUGAGCUGAGCGCGGCUGGCGGAUCCGGACACGCAGCAGGCCCGGGAGAAGCCUCGGCCUUUGGGUGGCAGCCAUGGCCGGACACUUCGACGCGGAGGACCGGGGCAGCUGGUACUGGGGAAGACUUAGCCGACAAGAAGCCGUGUCCCUUCUGCAGGGACAGAGACAUGGCGUCUUUCUAGUGCGGGACUCUAUUACCAGCCCCGGAGACUAUGUCCUGUCUGUGUCAGAAAACUCUAAAGUCUCUCAUUAUAUCAUCAACAGCAUCAGCAACAGCCGGCAGUCCGCCCCGGGCCUGGCUGUCUCUCGCUUUCGUAUCGGAGACCAGGAAUUUGAUGCACUACCUGCCCUGCUGGAGUUUUAUAAGAUACACUACCUGGACACCACUACUCUGAUCGAGCCCAUCAACAAAGCCAAGUACUCUGGGAUUGGUCUUGCUAGCACGGGGCCGGGAGGCGUUCCUCAGAGGUUUGAAGAGGAAUAUGUCCGUGCUUUGUUCGACUUCCCUGGCAAUGACGACGAGGACCUACCCUUUCGAAAGGGCGAUGUCCUGCGUGUCCUGGAGAAACCCGAAGAGCAGUGGUGGAACGCGCAGAAUUCAGAAGGCCGUGUGGGUAUGAUCCCUGUGCCGUAUGUUGAGAAAUUCCGGCCUGCUUCUCCCACUUCAGGGACUCUGUGUGGUGGAGGAACGGGCACCGUGGGGAACUCGGAUGGCCACAAUUCCCAACCUCCUCUGCUCGGCGAGCCAGGCCCGUAUGCCCAGCCUACGUCUUUACCCAAUUUGCAAAACGGGCCUGUGUUGGCCAGAGCGGUUCAGAAAAGAGUACCCAAUGCCUAUGAUAAGACAGCGCUUGCUUUAGAGGUUGGCGACUUGGUAAUGGUGACAAAGAUCAACGUGAACGGUCAAUGGGAAGGCGAGUGCAAGGGAAAGAGAGGUCAUUUUCCCUUCACGCAUGUGCGCUUACUGGAUCAGCACAACCCCGACGAUGACCCGAGCUGAAAAUGAAGACUUGGUUUUCCUAUACAGCCCUUAAAUGCACACACCCUCUCCUCUCACACCUCAUAACUGACAUGCCCAGCAGUAUCUUCUUCUACUAGAUCCUUUUCCUGUAUGUCCGUUAAUUCUGUGCCAUCAUGUCGUUCAUGCCAAUAUAUACAGCCAUUUCCUGAUUAGAUCUUAUGCAACAGUUCAAGUUAAUCGUUCAGUAGACACUAAGCGCCAUGGACAUUUCAGUAGUUUGCCAUAGAUUGAAUGUUGGUAUGAUGAUUGUGCAUUAAAAAAAAAAAAAAAGAAGAGAAACACACAAAAGAGGACAAGUCUGCUUGGACUCAAAAUAUAAGCAGUUUGGUGUUGCUCUAAGGGACUGUUGCUCGGCGGUUGAGUAGCAUACACUACUCGUACUGAUUUGCUAAUAUCCGGCUGCAUUGAAGGUUUGAUUUGUUUGGAGCCUUCCGUCACACUACAAAUAAUCUACCACGUGAUUAUGUACAAGAUGUCUGCGAGAAAAUGCUGAUCAUACACGUAUUGUUUACUAUUAUAUGCUAAAUUUUGUAUUCCUUUAAGCAUUAUUGUGCACACAGAAGUAUUUUUGUGUUAAGUCUUUGUUUGUUAAACCAUCCUUUUAAUUUCUUAUUGAUCACUAGAGGAAAGGCUUUCUGGCCCGUUGGACACUUUAUUUAGCAUUUACAAAUCAAUUUUGGUUGGGUGCGAGAGCACAAGUUCACUCUAUUGAACUUGUGUGUCUGGUAAAAGCAGUAGUACUUUAUUGUAAUGUUUUUUUUUGUUGUUGUUUUGUUUCGUUUAACCUAUUUACGCUACCCCACUACAGUAUCACAUGAAGAUGCAACCAAUUCUACCACUUUGAUAAACACAGUGAGAUUGUACAUGUCACUGUGUAAAAUGUAAAUGCCUCAACAAUGUCUCUCUAGAAGUGUCUAGAACACUACAGUAGUUUUCUCAUUUAUGAUUGUUUUAUGUACUUGUAAGCCGGCUGAGUAUCAGUUUAACCGUACAGCAAUAUUUGCGAUCACACUUCACUGCUUUAUAGUGGCAAUGUUAUCACUCAUUAUAUAUAACAAUAAUAGUUCCUUUAACCAGCUGUUUGCCUUUUAUUGUAAAAGCGCCAAAUAACUGAAGCGAAUCAUCUUUAAUAUAGUCUCAUAAGCAACUGAUAAAAUAGUGUACAAGGAUCAUAACAAGCCCGCUUGUAUUUAAACAGUGUAUUUUUUUUUGUGUGUGUGUUUUCGUUUUAAAUGAAAUUGACUAAAUGAACAAAUGUAUAGUAUUAAUUUGAAAGACCAUCAGAACACACCAGGGGCAUGAUUUUUCUUAGCAGUCAUUUGAAUGAUUAAAAUUAACAUCGUGUUUAAUGAUUUGAAUAGGCACAAUCACCUGAGAAGUUUUACCCUCCAUUAUAACCGAAAUGUGAAGUUUGGGUAUGAAGAAGUAAUAAAUAGGCUAAGUCAAAUUUAUUCGUCACAUUAAUGAAGGAUUUUCUUUUUCUGUUUUAGUGCUAAAUGCUAAUAAGUGAUAAGGCAAGUAUAUAUGGAGCAUAAAAUCUCAUUGGAAGUAUGCCCCUGUUUCUACAGGUCGAAGACAAAAAUCUAAUUUGAAACAUUAAAUAAAGCCAUAAAAUAUUAGAUGUUAACAAUGGAAGCUUUAAACCAGUUUUUCAGGCUGCUUUGAUAUUUUAUUAGUACACAUUAUAAAAGAUAACUUUCCUACCUGAUUUCCUCAUUUCUGUCAUAAACGGUAUAAAAUGAAGAUCAAUAGAGGCUUAAGGUGAGUCUUAUUUCUGAGCUAAUUUUUUUCAUUGUUCCAUUCCUUUGUCAUUUUAACUAAUCUACCCAAGAAAAGAACCACAGUGAGUUAUGUCCAAGUCUGAGAUGUGUCAAUGUCCCAUACUUUUUUUUUGUACUUAAAGUAUUAUUUUUAUUGCCUUUAGUAAAAUUGACAUAUUUACUUAUGACAUUAAUCUACGUUCAUCUACGUCCUUUCAUAAAACAUCUAAAUGUUUUUUUUUUCCUUUUCUCGGAUCAGCCUGUCUCUGUACAUGAAAUGAAGAUAACCCCAAUAGUAAACUAUUUAAACCCUG